ACCACACUGCUUACAAAAAAUACAAAAAAACACACACACAAAACAUAAAAAUGUUGGAAAAUGGGCAAACCAGUUCGUUUUUUUAGUCAGAAUUCAAACCAACCACUAGAAGCCGAUUUUAAUUUAGAAGAGCAGAUGUUCCAGCGUUCGCAAAAAAAAUAUAAUUUUAGUUCAAGCGAGGAUUCUAAUCGAGCAUACAUGCGGUACAUGAAAACCCUGGUUCGAGUGCAAAACUCCAUACACAGAAGGUUCCAUUCCAGAAGUUCUAGAAUCUCGCAGGCCCACCACACUCGCAUCUCAGCUGGUGGAUCCGCCAAGGACUCGGAUAAAUCCUCGCAGGAACUAAAAAAUAAUUCUCAAUGUUGUGACCAGCAAAAGGAACUUCCUUGCGAAGCCGCUAAGCCAUCGAAACAAGCUGAUUGCCUCUCGAAUAAUAAACCUGUGGAAUCUCCCAGCCCGUGUAAUAAAAAAUCUUCAAAAAAUUCGGAAAGCAGCUGCAGUUCAAAGCCGGAACCCGUUAAGUCCACAUGCUGUGAUGCACCUGUGAAUCAGCGCAAAAGCUGCGUGUCCUUCGAACAGCCCGUGGCCAAGGAUAUUCCCAACUUUGAUCCGCCCUUCCGGAACUGUCCAUGUACGGAUCCCGAUAAACGCCAUUUGCCGAUUAUCGGCGUUUGCUGCAGUCAGGAAUCAUUUAAGGAAAUCCAAAAAGAUUGUACCGCAGAAACGGCAAGAGAUCCUCCACCUCAGAGGAUAAGAAAUCAGUCAGCUAGAAGAUGCUGCAGUAGACCUAUAAUUGUGGUGCCCGCGGGUGAGGGAACCAGGCGGUACAAAAAGGCACAAGAUGAACAAAAUUCGAAAAUAGUUACCCAGGAUCACUCCAAAAAUGAUACUACACCGAAUUCUAAAGAAAAAAGCCAACCGAAAUCUCAGCCUCUGGAGAAACCUUACAAUCCUACCCCAAAAUACGGAAAUUCAUCAGUGGAACAUCAGAAAACAUGUCCUGUUUCGAAUUGCAAACCAAAUGAGCCGACUCAUUCAAAAUGCCAGUGCACAAAUCAGUCUAAGGACUGUCAUAUAGAAGAGAAGCCCCAUUGCUCUAUGAAUCCCCCGCCAUGUAGCAACUGCCCAGCCAUUUCGGAUAUAACCAAGCAGUUGAGCGAAAUGAAUCGCCGGCUGGAGGGUCUUCAGAGUCACGAACUGUCCGACAUUCGCACCCAGGUGGAUUCCCUCAAUGCCAACGUUCAGUCGCUGACGAAGAAGUGCAUCGAGAAGAAGUCCGCCUGCAAAAAGCUGGAAAGGAAGCCCUCGAGCACCUGCCAGUUUUGUCAAGGAAAGCGGUUGACCCAGCUAGACUCUUUCCACCGCCAGCUGAUGGACCUGAUUGGCGAUCGUUGCCUCACCGAUAUCGUUAUAUCCAUUUUCCUGAGAGCCGACAAUCUCUAUCACGUAAACGUGAGGGACCUCAGCUCGGGAUGUUCUCUGGGCUGCUUCCUGGUCACCGAUGCCGCCAUCGAAGAGGCCGUACAGUUGGGCGUCUUCCAGGAAAUACUCACCUUCAGUGUAAUCGAUGUGCGGAAUACGAUCAAGCCAAAGAACUGCUCCCUGGGCUUGUCCUUUGAGUUCCAUCAUGCGGAUCGCCAGUGCGGUGGCUGCGAUCACAAAGCUGGUGGGAUUUGCCUGGUGGGUAGGGAGUAUGUCGCCAGGGUUCUGGGGCUUCCACUCCAACAGCUGAAGUAUGUCAACUCCAUUCCAGAAAACCUUACCAAAGAUUCGGAGAAUAAAUCUUGUAAGUCGAAAAAGAGGAACAAAAAAAUAUCUGGCAAAGAAAUUAAAUCAAAAUCCGGUCAUAGAAAAUCAGUUCAGGAUGAUCAGUUCAUUUUACCCCAUGACGAACAUAAAAAUCCAUUGAGCGAACUGCAAACGACCUCGACAUCAUUCGAUGUUGAUGAAGACAUGUUAGCGGUCUUCGACUGGCUAAAUAAAUCCUUUUCCAUUACCAAGUAA